AUGCCGUUAAAGGUUGGUGACAAGUUUCAUAGUUAUAAUGAGUUCGAGACGCGCCUUAGAGACUUUCAAAAGGAACACAAUGUUGUUUUUGUAACGAAGUCGACGAAAAGCGUCGCAGAGGCAAAUGCGAAGUUAAGUGCUGGCUUGGCACGGUUCGACGAAAAGCUUAAGCAUGCAAAUGCCACGUUCGUAUGCAAGCACGGUGGGGCCCCGAGGAGUACAGGCACCGGAAUUCGCCAGCAUCAAAGGACGAUGAAAAAGCUGUGCCCUGCGACGGUUGUAAUAGCAGCGCGUCGUGCCACGCAGCAGCUCGAAGUCACAAAGAUGGACCUUAGCCACAAUCACGACAUCAACGGCGAAAUUUAUCGUUCAUAUCCUGAGUGCAGGCGUCUGACAAGUGCAGAUAAAGAAUAUGUCCAACCACUCUUGGAACUAGGGGUUCUACCAAGCAUGAUUGCACGAAAAGUGUGCGAAAACACAGGCAAGCGUGUCAUUGCUAAAGACAUCCACAACUUGAAGCAAGCCGUAAGCGGAGGAGAGGAAGCCAACCUACUAGUCAAGGAAAUCGAACACUGCCGGGAAAAAUUCAGCGCAGUGAUCACACCAGUGACCGACGAAAACCAAGAGCUACAGAUUCUGCUCAUACAGACGGCUCACAUGAAGGAAGCUCUGCGGUCGUUUCCAGAAGUGCUUUUGUUGGAUGCAACCUACCGCACCAACAAGCUGAAAAUGCCACUCUUCGUAUUUGCUGUCCAAGACGGCUCAGGUGGAACACAGGUGGCAGGAUAUGCAUUCGUUGCGUCAGAGCAGCAGCAUGUCAUCAACAGCCUCCUUGAGUUAUUUGUGACUGAGAAUCCUGACACAAGGAGAACACAAGUGGUGGUGGUAGACAAGGAUUUUACCGAAAUUAGUGCUGUUCGCCACACUUUUCCCAGUUCCCCAGCUGUGCAGCUAUGUGCAUUCCAUGUCCUUAAAGCAUUCAGAAGUGCAGUGAGCCAGCUUGCAACACCGUCUGAACGUGAACAGCUCAUGUCUGGUUUUAGUGCUAUGCUCAAUGCACCAUCAGCAGACAUGUUUGAAAAUGCUAAAAUGGAGUUUAAAGAACUUGCAAACAACGAAGCAUUGCAUUACUUCAACAAGAACUGGGGGUGCAUCACCCAUAUGUGGGCGCGACAUAUCUGUGAUCAGCAUUACACAGGUGGCAAUAAUACCACAAAUCGUGUAGAGUCACACAAUUCGAAGAUAAAAAAUGUCCUCAGUUCUUCAAGUAAGUUGCACCAAGCACUCCGUUGUCUGCUGAACAUGGCAGAAACAAUGCAACAGGAAGCUCGCCAUAAGCUGACCUUGUUGAAACCCUGGAGCUUUUACUCCUACGGAGAGUGUGACGAUGUAGAGGUACUGUGCAGGAAGACCCUUACUCCAUAUGCAUGCAAGCUGGUGCAUAAGGAAUUGCUGAAGUUGAAGGAUGCCAGGCCAGAAGUGAGGAGGUUGGGCGAACAACAAUAUGAAGUUGUGUCUUCCGUAAGCAGUGACUCUCACAAGGUAUCACUGGAUCACCAAACCUGCAGCUGCACGACUUUUCUAAAAAUGGGCGUGUUGUGCCGUCACCUUCUUGCUGUUUGUGACGUCAAGAAGACAAAACCUGACCUUUCAAAGGCUGUGCACAAGCGGUGGACGAAGUCCUACAUGACAGACUUCCUUAUGUCUGUUAGUGGAAGUGAUACCGGUCCACCGUCCACUGAGCCACAAGUCCUUCAGAUCUCGCAACCCUGCCUUGCAAAGAUGAACCGAAAUCAGCGGUACAACUACGCCAUGAGGACGCUGAAGGCACUGGCAGACAACCUUGCCGAUUGCCGACCCGAGGUGUUUGCAACGAGACUUGCUUUUCUUCAAGAUGUCAACAGCACAUGGUUGAAGGGGUCUGAAGUCUCAGAAGAUGGACUGACAGUGCCUACCGAAAAUGAAUUUCAGACCUAUGGCCUGACAAGUGCUCCUGAGGAUAUCCUAGAGCCAUCAACACCGGUGCCUGUGCAAGCUUCCCAGGUGGCAAGUGGUGCAUGCAGCAGUGGGUAUCAGGAAAGCCAACAGCCAGCGAAGGACCCCAGAGACCAACAACGUGACUCACCCGAUGAAGCCAACGUUGUGUGCAACAUCAAGCUUCCCCUGGUGAAGUGCUGA